AUGUUGACCCGUAUUUCAACCGACUACGUCGUUACCAACCGGGCAGGCGUUAUAGAGAAUCGACAUGCUGUACACGCCGCCAUUGUCGACGCCAACGGCCAAGCAUUAUAUGCCAUAGGCGACCCAUCAAGGCUUACACUCGCCCGAUCCGCCGCCAAAACAGCCCAAGCCCUAGCCGUCCUUGAGUUCGGAGCCUUUGAGAGAUUUGACCUCGAUGGCGCCGACCUAGCUCUGGUGUGCGUAUUAUAUAGUAGCGAAGAGCGCCACGCCCCGCGGACUCGCCGCAUUCUCUCGAAUAUUCAAUAUAGCGAAAGUGACCUGCAAUACGGUGGAUAUCUAUCCACCUCCCAUUCUGUUAAUCGAGCCUGGAUCAAAGCCGAUUUCACUCCGUCACCGGUCUACAGUAACUGUUCAGGCAAACAUGCGGGAAUACUCGCUACAACCAAGGCCUUCGGCGCCGUUAUACAGAGCUACCACCUGCCGACGAGUCCGAUUCAAGAGAGGAUUAAAGACACUGUCGACGAGCUCUGCCAAUUACCCAAGGGUGUUGAGGCCGGUGAUUCCGCUCUGGACUCGCGCAAAUAUGCUCUCGGCUGGUUCCUCAAUGCUACGUCUUCGUAUCCGGAUCUAGUGGGCGGCGAAGAUCGAUACUGCACUAUUCUUAUGAGAGCGUUCCCUGGGCUUUUAAUUGGAAAGCUUGGGGUUGACGGUUGCUAUGGUAUUGGUGUUAAAUCGUCGAUCUGCGCGGAUGGAUUUUCUGGUCCCUCGGCUGUUGGGAUAGCUGUGAAGAUCGAGGACGGUGGUAUUCCAAUGUUGUAUGCUGCCGUCACAGAGAUCUUGUUCCGUCUUCGCAUUAGGGAACCGGAGGUGCGAAAGCAGUUGGCUGCGUUUCAUCGUCUGUCGAUCAAGAAUACUGUUGGGGUUGUGACUGGAGGGACGGCUCACAUGUUUAAGCUUCGCAAGAUAGAAGUGGAAGAUGUUGCAUGGUCUUGA